AUGAAGCUUCAUAUAUACCUCCAUGUGAUUUUUCUCUUAUGUUUCAGCUUGCUGCAACUUACCAUUCCCACUAAUGCAUUAGGAAACGACACUGAUCGAGUUGCUCUGCUCAACAUGAAAGAAUCCAUAGCCAACGACCCGCAAGGAAUCAUGAGCUCGUGGAACGAUUCCAUCCACUUCUGCAACUGGACUGGAAUUACAUGCAGCCAACGUCAUGGUAGAGUCACGGUCUUAGCUCUACAAGACCAUGACCUAAGCGGAUCAAUAUCACCGUCAAUUGGAAAUCUUACCUUUCUAAGGUUUGUCAACCUCGCAAGCAACAGCUUCUUCGGCAAAAUUCCACCAGAAGUUGGCCAUUUGUACCGACUACAACAUCUCAAUCUCUCCCAUAACAUGUUGGGAGGCAAAUUUCCAAUCAGCUUGAUCAACUGCUCUGAACUCGUAACCAUUGACCUUAACAACAACAGAUUCAUUGGUCAUAUUCCUUCCGAGCUUGGCUCUUUGAUGAAGCUUGAAGCUUUUCUGGUUAAUUCAAACAACCUGACUGGAGGCAUCCCACCUUCUUUAGGAAAUCUUUCGUCGUCCUUCAAAUUUUUCUCUGUGGGGUACAAUAAUCUGGCAGGGAGUAUUCCAAAUGAGAUAGGUCGUUUGAGAAGUCUGUCUUUUUUCGCAGCUCCAGCAAACGAUCUCUCUGGUAUGCUCCCUUUUUUCUUUUACAACCUAUCAUCUAUUCGUACCAUCUCAGUUGCAAGUAACAAACUUAGCGGAACUCUUCCAGUCAACAUAGGCCUUAGUCUUCCUGAUCUCCAAAUUUUAGCAAUAGGUGGUAACAAGUUUUCUGGAUCAAUUCCAGUUUCAUUGUCUAAUGCUUCUCAGCUUCAAAUGGUCGACCUCGCUCUGAAUAACUUUGUAGGGCCAAUACCAACGAAUCUGGGAAAUCUACAAGAUCUCUUUUGGCUAAAUUUAGGUGAAAAUUAUCUUGGAAGCAAUUCAACUAGUGACUGGGGUUUCUUAAAAUCUUUAACAAAUUGUAGCAAACUAGAAAAAUUCUCCAUCCAUGAAAGCAAUUUUGGAGGGGUCCUACCUGGUUUGAUAGGCAAUUUGUCAACCCAGCUUGAUAGUCUUUACCUGGGAGGAAAUUAUAUACAUGGAAAUAUACCAUCAUCCUUAGCAAAUCUUGUCAAAUUAAAUGUGUUGAACAUGGAAUAUAACCUUCUAACAGGUGCAAUUCCAGAAAGCCUAGGCAAGUUACAGACGUUGCGGGUAUUUACUGCCUAUCAUAACAGAUUGUCAGGGGAGAUACCUUCCUCUUUGUGCAACCUCACUCGGUUGAUUCGAAUUUCCUUAUUCGACAACAGAUUAGAAGGUAACAUUCCCUCAACCAUUGGAAACUACCAACAAUUGCAGCAGCUGGACUUUUCAAAUAAUAACCUUACUGGGAAUAUUCCCCUGGAGGUUUUCAGUCUUCCUUCCCUAUCUCUUCUUCUCAACUUAUCACAUAACACCUUAAAUGGCAGUCUACCUGUCCAAGUGGGUAAACUGAACAGACUUUACACGCUUGAUCUCUCUGCAAACAACCUUUCUGGUGAAAUUCCUAAUACCAUUGGGGACUGCUCAAAUCUGGAUUUCCUUUCCCUGAGAAGCAAUUUUUUUCAGGGAAACAUAACUUCAUCUUUGUCUUCUAUUAAAGGUCUUGUCCAUUUAGAUCUUUCACAAAAUAACUUGUCAGGGGAAAUUCCAAAAGAAUUACAGAACCUAACUUUCUUAGGAUAUCUGAAUAUUUCUGCUAAUGAUUUGGAGGGUGAAGUACCCAGAGGAGGAGUCUUCAGAAACGUAAGUGCUGUAUCUUUUACUGGCAAUAGUAAGCUCUGUGGAGGUGUUCCCACUUUGCAGCUGCCAGCAUGCCCCACCAAAGGAUCAAAAAGUGGGAAGUCUCAAGUUUUGAAACUAACCAUCAUAAUUAUUUGUGUCAUCCUAGUUUUGAUACUUUCAUUUUCCUUCUCUUACGCUCUGUAUCGGAGGAGAAAAUCUGGAGAAAAAUCAUCUUCACCAAAAAUUUCAGCAAUAGAAUUCCUUUCAAAGGUUUCAUACAGGGCUCUCUUUGAAGCAACCAGCGGAUUCUCUCCAAAUAAUUUACUUGGGUAUGGUAGUUUUGGCUCUGUAUAUAAAGCGAUUAUUGACGAGGAAGAGAAGGAUAUAUUUGCAGUGAAGGUCCUGAAACUUGAAAAGAAAGGAGCUUCCAAGGGGUUCAUAGCCGAAUGCAAAGCUCUAAAAAAUAUCCGGCACAGAAAUCUUGUUAAGAUCCUGACAGUGUGCUCAAGUGUUGAUUACAAUGGUAAUGAUUUCAAAGCUCUUGUGUUUGAAUUCAUGGAAAAUGGAACCUUGGAGGAAUGGAUGCACUGGAAUAAAGAGGAUGAAAACAGAAGAAAUUUAAACCUUCUUCAGAGAAUAAACAUCUUAAUGGAUGUUGCUUCAGCAUUGGACUAUCUUCAUGAAGAAUGUGAACAACCAAUCAUCCAUUGUGAUGUAAAGCCAAGCAAUGUUCUUCUUGACAAAGAUAUGGUUGCACACUUAAGUGAUUUUGGUUUAGCAAGACUGCUCUCAAACACCAAAGGUUUUAGACAAAGUCAGACAAGCACAGUAGGAAUAAAGGGAUCUAUUGGCUAUGCUGCUCCAGAGUAUGGAAUGGGUGGAGAGGCCUCAAAGCAGGGGGAUAUAUAUAGCUAUGGAAUUCUUGUUUUGGAGAUACUCACAGCAAGAAGACCAACAGAUGAAAUGUUUAAAGAUGGUCUCAAUCUCCAUAACUUUGUGAAGACUGCAUUACCGUUACAGCUGACCCAGAUUGUUGACCCAAUCCUUCUCUCAAGAGAAGUAAGAGGAAGAUCGCAUAUUAAUAAUGGCACUGUGAUAAAAGCACAAGAUAAAGCGGAUAAAAGUGAAAGCUUGAAUGAGACAGAUGCAAAUGUGGAGAAGUGUUUAAUUUCACUCAUGAAGAUAGGACUUGCCUGUUCAAUGGAAUCGCCAAAUGAGAGAAUGAUGAUGAAGGAUGUCACCAGGGAAUUACAUUCCAUUAAAAAUGAUUUUAUUGGGAAUGGGGUAAAUCAGAGAGGUGAACCAAGAAUGACUACAACCUAA